CUUCUCGUAAGAAGCCCUUCUCUUGUAAUAUGUAUUCGUUCUAGAGAAUUCAGUUUGGCCUCUCAAAAUGGUGCAGAUGCGCGUAAAGCACCAUGGUACUUGCUAGGGCUACUAGGGUUUCGGGGUCUUAAGUCGCCCAAUCCCACCUUUUCCAUUGACUCGAGCAUAGUUGAGCAUUAUUGCGAGAUACUAUCUAUGUUCGCCGCCCAUCUGAGAUAAAUGUGUGUUACACUGGCGCAGCCGCACCUCCGCGUACCACACAGACCCGAGUCCUUGUUCUCUACACCCUAUGAGAUUUUCCGGUGUAACGUGUAGGUUCAUAUCUACGAAAUAACCCACCUCUUUUCUGGCACGCUCUUCCAUCUUCAUACUCACAUUAUCGCGCCGACUACGGUCAUCAUGUGGUCAAUUCGAAGCGAUAACGUUCAGGGUCGUGUCAUGAUGGGUGUGGAUAUCGCUUUUCUUGUACUUGCUUUCGUUUCUUUUGCGAUCCGUCUCAAGGCUAGGAAGAUAACCCGGAUGCGCUUGGAUGGGAGCGAUUACACAUGUUUCGCCGGCCUGAUACUAUCUGUUGGAUUGACGGUCAUCCUUUUUGCCGUCUUCUCCCACGGCUGGGGGCUGGAUGUUAGUCAUUUCACUGAAGAAUAUCAAGUGUUUGCUGGAAAGCUCAUGCCAUCUAUAAUCAUAGUCUGGAACACAGCCGUCACAUGCGUCCGCGUUUCUAUGCUGCUAUUCUACCUUCGCAUCUUUGAGGUCUCCUCGCUCAGGCCUGCAUUCUGGAUCGCUCUCGGACUCAACAUCGCGGGAUGCGUAGCUAUCUGCAUAACUGCCCUAACAAUCUGCCGGCCAAUGAACUCUGCGUACAAGCAGGUUCCAGGGGGACAUUGUGGUGACAUUCUCGUUUUUCAGAGCUUCACUGCAUACUGGAACUUGAUAGGCGAUGUGGCAAUUGUCAUCCUUCCAAUGCCAAUUCUCUGGUCUUUGAAGAUUGGCACCCGCAAGAAGAUUGGCCUGAGCAUCAUCAUGGGCCUGGGAGUAAUUAUCUGCAUCGGCACGAUCAUUCGUGUGAUAUUCUCAGCAGUGUAUAUGGUCGGCAACAUAACAAUGCAGAACGCCGUCGUUGUCUUUAUUACUGCCAUGGAACCGGUUCUUGGUGUUAUAAUCGCUUGUGUUGCACACUUUCCUCCAGUGUUCCGGAGAUUCGGCAGCUCCCACUUCGCCAUCAGUGUCAGUCGAAUAUUCCGCAGUGAGAAAUCUACUGGAAAUGGUGCGGAUAGCACAUGGUCUGGGUCCACGCAACACUCUGCCCCAAGCAACCAGGGAGAAUUCGAUUUCGACCUGGACAGCACGAGAAGAUUGAAUCUUAGCAAUAGCAAUGAUCAGGAUUCCAAGUACGGAAUCAAGGUAACGAACGAAUGGGACGUCGAGCGUGCCUCCUACCAAUCUUGAUCCGGACAGCUACAGAAAUUGAAUUGAUGCGCUUUUCGGUGGUGUUCAAAAUGUCAGAUAUACCCUUAUCUCAUAUUCACACUUGUACUUCAGCAAGUGGAAAGUCAAAUAGCUUUCGGAAUAACAAUAGAAUCAUUGAAUAAAUAGUUUUGGCGUUUUAACACAUUUCUUAAUUGCCCGACAACGUUCAAACGCCCAGCGGAUCAAGGACGGAAAUAUAAGUAAGGCACGGUGACAGCACCA